AUGGCGGGGCUCAGGAACUACUCACAUACUUUUGGCGAACUGAACGCGAUGCCCACAUUUUCCCAAGGAGACGGAGAUGGCGAUGGGGUGAUGGGAGGAGGUGUCAGAGGAGGAGGUAUGGGAGACCCGCUUGGCCUCGGGAAUAUGUCAGGCUUUGAGCCCAGCUCGUUCAUGCUCGGUGAAGCAGCGACCUAUAAUUUCCAGUCGACGUACCCAGGGGCGACAGCGAUGCAUGCUGCCCAACAACAGCAGGCUAUAGUCGCCAGUGCCGUCGAAAUUGUCGUUCGCGAGCUGCAGCCGCACUUAGCCCGGAUGCGUGGCGAGAUAUCAGAGAGACUGAUGAAUGCACUCACGGAGAAAAUGGGGAACUUGUUUGAUGAGUUCCGCCAAGAGAUGUCGAAGGUGGUCGAGGAGGUCCGCUCUGAAAAAAAGGGCGAAGACGACAGCGAUGACGAACGCGACCGGCCUCUCACUCAAAUGGUCCACUUUUAUACACGUCAGCUCCUCGGGUGUGCGACAAAGACGGAGAAGGGACCUACAGGGCGCCCCUACUACAAACUUCCACCCCCGCUUGCUGACGGCGAGGAACCUCGACUGGCAGCCGAUGGCACUCAGCUCUGGAAUCCGAACUGGUUUGCUGAUGUCGACGUUGGUAUAAAUGCUGAAUUUGUCCACGCUGUCGUGGAGCUUGUCCUCGAAAAUGGCCCGAAGGUCUUCCACCUGGACACCGAUCAAGUGCCUCGUACACGUAUUGAGGAAUAUGCGAAGACUUACUUUCGUACUCUGAGGAGUCAGUACCAGAGACGCGCGACCGCCGAAGGUCAGAAGAAGAUCGGAGACAAGAGUUUGAGGGAGAAAGUGAGGCAGCAAAAAAAGCGGAAGGCAGCUAGGAUGCGUGCCGCCAUUCCGGCGUUCAGGAAGUAUUAUCACUCAGACAAAACUGAAGGUAUCGACGCGCUCGUGCUUACCGAGUGGCAGAGUUCUGAGCAUGAUGACUUCGGCGCGGCAUCUGAGGCUGAGUGGAAGAAAUGUCGCGAUGACGCCAUGGUGGGUCAGAGUGCGGUGGAGUUGAACCGCAUCUAUGCGGUGUUGCGCAAGUUUGCUGAUGAACUGCACUCCGGGGCUCAAGGUGUUCGAUAUGGACGCUUUCGUGGUCCAGUGGUCAACUACAACCUUGACGUACCCUACAUUAAGAGGGUGAGGGCAGACAAGAAAGGAAUGAAGAAAGAGCGCAUGCGCCCGACACAGGAGUGCAUGAGUGAGUCCUGGGCGAAACAUACAGACAACAUGCACCUCUUGGAAGGUGCUCCGUUGGCCCCAGAGUCUAUGACGAUCUUUGGGCUGACGAUUCUCGAUGACGAUCUUCCAAAGGAUGAUUGUGGUUGGAUAGCGGAUGUGGAAGAUUGGGAAGAAUGA